UUGCCAAACUGUACCUAGCUUCACUCUACCAAUUCCAAAUAUGACAUUUCAUUAAGUUCACCUCACAAUCAUCACCCAAAAAAAAGGUUUUCAUCCGCCAGUUUAUUUAUUCUCGCUGUCAACCUCAUUUAAUUUGGCCACCCUAAAUCUAGGAAUAUUCAAAUAUCGAAAAUGGCAUCUGCACAAGUUGACAAAAUAAAGAACUCCAUUGAUAAAACUUUGAACGACAACACCAAACCCUGGACUAAAGCAUUUGGAUUUUUGGAAGAAAAAUCAAAUGUUCCCCGUCUGUAUAUAUUUUUUGGUAUUGCUGGACUUUGUGCUUUAUACUUGAUCUUUGGUUAUGGUGCACAACUUUUGUGCAAUAUCAUAGGUGUUGUUUAUCCUGCAUACAUCUCAAUUCAUGCCAUUGAAUCAAGUACAAAAAUCGAUGAUACUAAAUGGCUAACCUAUUGGGUAACAUAUGGUAUUUUGUCAUGUAUCGAAUAUUUCUCCGUGAUUUUGACGUCGGUUAUUCCACUUUAUUGGCUUUUGAAGUGCAUCUUCCUUGUUUGGUGUAUGUUGCCCAUCGAAAGUAAUGGCUCAAACAUUAUCUAUAACCGGGUGAUUCGUCCAUAUUUCCUAAAGCAUCACCAAGCCGCUGACAAGUUAAUGGAUGAUAUGAUGGACAAAGCGAAGAAAUCCAUAGGAAGUGUCUACAAAAAUGAAUAAGACGUUUCUACAUCACCUUUUAUACAAAAAAAAGAAAAGAGAGAAACUAUAUUUUAGUAACAAAAAAAACACGAUUUUGGUAUAACACUUUUCGUCUCGAGAUUUAAUUAUUUCACCGGUUAUAGAUGCUUUUCUUUCAUAUAUCGUAUUUCCCAUCUUAACUGUUUACGGGGUAUUUUUCAAGUCUAUUAUUAAAUUCAAAUACAAGAUGCAUUUGUUUAAAAUUGAAAUAAAUUUUCUAUUAUGUGUAUGCAUUUCUAUAUAUGACACCUUUCAUUCAAAAACUUUAAUCUAUUUAAAAUAGAAAAUAAAAUAGUUUCAAUAAAAUUGAAAACCAUCACACCAAUCAAUAUUA